UAUUUUUGUUUUAAACCAAUUCACCAUGUUUUUAACUAACGGCUCCAAUAAAACGUACUCGGGCUUCUGCUUUCCACCGCUGAACCAGACCACCGUCUAUCACUCCGCCGCCACCGUAUAGCGAUUUCUCAUCUCCUCUGCUAGGCCACUACCAUUCCCAUUGCAGUGAAAUUUCUCAUAUGGGCUGUCUUUAACAUCACCUUCAUAGCUAAUAUAUUUGCUUCUUGGGAUUUUAGCGCCAAAUCCAGAGAGCUGGGAUUUCCUUUUCUCUCUUCUCCUCCUCCUCCUUGUUGCCCUUUGCUAUUGCAGUUCACAGCUUCAAAAAUUGCCAUUAAUUUCUUUCCUUUUCUUAUUUGAAUCUUCUCUAAUUCAAUUACCUAACCCUUAUUCAAUUGGCCAACAUAAAGGAAGUCACAGAUUAUCAAAGGUUGAUUUGAAUAUUACUGUGAAUUGUAAGAGCAGAGAGGAAUUGAGAAGCAAUUCUUUUUUCCAUGGCAUAUAGCGUUUUUUCCUCUUUAUUUUAUUGAAUUAUUUCUGUGCUAGUGAGGGCACCAUUUUAAGUGGGAAUCUCUAGGAAUUCUUGGAAAAUAGUUCUGACGAAGGAAUUUGAUAUGAAACUCGAAGAAGUAGCCAUUUUCUUGGCUGGUGAAUCAGCUUUACCAUUUUCCAGUGGUCUUUUGGAAUGAUAAAAUGCUAUCGUCCAACUGACAAGUUGUUCAAAUUUUGGGUGAGGGAGUAGCGACUGAAGUACGCAUUUUAUACUUUUGAUCUAAGGUAUAUAGUUUGGAGCUUGGACCGCUAGUUUGAGAACGCAGUUUUCUCACUAGGUCUUUCAGCAAAAUGGUGUCUUUCAGAGGAAUUUCCAAAAGUUUUUACCAAAUUCUCUCUCAGUCAAACCCUAAUUAUUUAGCAUCCCAGUUCUUCUCCAGAGGCUUCUCUUCCAAGCUUUUCGUUAAAGGAACUAAUGACUUUGCUGCAGGUAUAUCUUUCUCCACUACAGAGAAGUCAUUAGCUGAGGCAUUUUCAAAAUUUGGUCAAGUCGUGGAAUCUGAAAUAAUAAGGGAUAAAGCUAGCAACAAAUCAAAAGGUUACGGGUAUGUGACCUUUGCUACAGAGGAUGAAGCCAAAAAGGCCUUUAUGGAGAUGAAUGGGAAGCUGGUAGAUGGACGUCCUGUUUUCGUGGAUAAUGCUUGGCCAAGGGGAAGCAGAGGACUAGUGAAGCAGUAGCUGAUGUUAGGUUCUCCCUUCUUCCCCAUUUUUUUUGUAUGUAUGUAUGUAUUAUGAUGCACAGAAGAUUUGUGCAUCAGACUCAGUUUUGGUCAACAGAAUAUAUACCCUUUUCUUCUAUUGUGAUUCAUCCAAAUAGCUGCGAAAGUGCUUGAGCUGCUGAGUAGUGAAAAUCCAUGCACUCUCACUCCUCUCUCCUUUCUUUACACUGACUCUGCUUAAUGAUUCCUUAUGCCAAAAUUUGGCCCUGCUAGCUGAAGAGAGAUUGAGAAUUGGAGCAUGCAUCAAUAAUGGAGUAAUUUCAUUUAUUUUUUUGCCAAUAUAGAACUUUUCCUUUCA